AUGGUGCAUACCAUAUUGCUUAUUCAGCCUACUAUUCGACCAGACUCUCGUACUUGGUCGGACUACGAGUCAACAACGGAUUGCCUCGAAGGUAUUUGCAAGAUAUACGAGGAGUUCUUAAAGAAGCAGAAUCCGACGAUGGCGAGCAUAACCUAUGAUGUUUCGCAUUUAUACGAAUUUAUAGAUAAGCUUUCCGAUCUGAGCUGCCUAAUUCUUGACACGGAGACUUGUCAGUAUGUCCCUCACAAUAAGGAUUGGAUCAAGGAGAAGAUUUUUAUUAUGUUGAGAACUCAGGCUAGGAGCGACUGA